UUCAUACUUUCUACAAUUAAUUAAUGUGCCAGCUUUUUUCCUUCCCCAUUUUUCUCUGCUUCUCAUUACUGUUCUCCAUUCUUUCUUGAAAAAUAUUUCUAAGUACUAUAUAUAAAAAAGAAGAAGAGAGAAUUCAUCUAGUUGGAAUUACACAUUUGUUAAUCCCAAGUUUCACAAAUCUUGAAAAUUUUCAGUGAAACAAGUUGAAAGCUGAUUCAUCAGUUGACUGAAUCGACAUUUGACUAAGGAGAAAGAGACCUUAAUUAUAUCUCCAUUAAGCCCAAAAACACCUUUUCUUGUCAUUUCAACAUUGUUUUGCUUGCUUGAGCCGUGUGAGAUCCAUUUUCUUUGCUGUCAAUCAGAUGGUCACUUUGUUGGUCUGAGGAAAAUGGGGGGUUGUGUGUCAACAAGCAGUAGUUCUUGUAGUAGCAGGAGUAAUGGAGAAAAAGUUUCACCUGAAUGUUUGGGAAUAAACAUGUUUGGACGAAAGAGGACUAGAAGAACUUUUUCUGAUCAUGCCAUUGCAUUGCACCAUCUGAGUUCAAUACCUAAUCGGAUCUUUACAAAUGGAAAGAGCCGAACUUCUUGCAUAUUCACGCAACAAGGACGUAAAGGCAUUAACCAAGAUGCCAUGAUCGUGUGGGAAGAUUUCAUGGCGGAAGAUGUGACCUUUUGUGGGGUAUUCGAUGGCCAUGGUCCACAUGGCCAUCUUGUUGCUCGCAAAGUAAGGGAUGCACUGCCCCUGAAGCUGUUGCAGUCAUUUGAAUCAAAGGGCAACGGUUCUGAUACUUAUCAGGAUCCGCAAGCGGAAGUUGUGGAUCUUGAUAAGGAUCAAAUGGUGGCUGAUAAAGUGGACACCCAGUGGAAAGAAGCUUUUCUUCAAUCAUACAAGGCGAUGGACAAAGAAUUGAGGUCCCAACCUAAUUUAGAUUGCUUUUGCAGUGGCAGCACUGCUAUUACACUAGUAAAACAGGGUUCAAACCUUUAUAUGGGCUAUAUUGGUGAUUCUCGGGCAAUCUUGGCAUCAAAGGAUGGAAGUGAUUCAAUGGUCGCAGUCCAGUUGACUGUCGAUCUGAAGCCUGAUUUACCUAAGGAAGCAGAGAGGAUAAAACAGUGUAAAGGUCGGGUUUUUGCAUUGCAAGAUGAGCCAGAAGUGCACAGAGUUUGGUUGCCAUUUGAUAAUGCCCCUGGAUUGGCGAUGGCUCGAGCAUUUGGUGAUUUUUGUGUGAAAGAAUAUGGGGUAAUAUCUGUACCAGAAUUUUCUCACCGGGUUCUUACAGAGAGGGACAAGUUCAUUGUUCUUGCUUCAGAUGGGGUUUGGGAUGUCUUGAGUAAUGAAGAAGUGGUCGAUAUAGUGUCAUCAGCGCCUACACGAUCAUCAGCUGCCAGAAUCCUAGUUGACUCCGCUGCACGCGAAUGGAAAAUCAAAUAUCCGACUUCAAAAAUGGACGAUUGUGCUGUUGUUUGCUUAUUCUUGGAUGGAAAGAUGGACUUGGAAUCUGACAAUGAGGAGGAUCAAUGUAUCUCUUCUGCUGCACUUCAGGGUAACGCUGCUGAAUCGGAUGAUGGGCAUUACUCCGAGCCAUCUCUGCAAAGAAAUACUACUGUUAGAUCAGCUGAAGAGAAUGAUGGCUAUAAACGAGUAGUAGUGGAAGCAGAAGCAAAUCAAGAAACCGUGGUAACGGAUGAUCAGGAAUGGUCAGGAUUGGAAGGCGUCACUCGAGUCAACUCUCUGGUUCAGCUUCCAAGAUUUUCCGACGAGAGGCAAGGACCUUAAAACCUUGUUAGUCGAUUAUGAUUGCUAUACAAAUUCUUUCUUGUCAAAUUGAAAUAGAGAAAGUGCGAUCGGUGCCAUCCUCUACGUCCCGUGCAAAUAUAUUUUUGUUGCAGCGUUCUAGACCGUGAGGAUUCAUAUAGCCGAUCCAACUUAUUUGGGAUUGAAGCGUAUUUAUUGUAUACUAGACCGUGUAUAUGUCCACCCUUCCCCAUUCCCUGCAUUGAUAGAGAGCACUUUCAUACACAGCUAUCUUAGCCUAUUAAUGUAUUAUCUUUUUUUCGGGUUUUGUUUGUUCACCAAGUUAAAUGCAUUCAUCUCAUUCAAUCUCAACUGUGAAUUGUUGUUUUUCUUUAAGAUGUUCCCAUCUUAGGAAUGACAUAUCAUCACAGUUUAUGUUAUGUGUAAUUUACAGUCUGAUGAGAGAUUAGCCUGUGAUUUGUGAUCUAAA